GUCAGAUCUCUACCCGCUCGACAUUGCAGACCAGAACAUUGGAAUCCGGGGUGUAUGUGGAAGCCGCUGCUUGGCGCGCAUGUAGCUGGUAUCGCCAAUGGAGCAAAUGGGUCGGACCCUCUCGCAUCGUAUCUGCGUAUGUCGGUAUUCCAAUUAGUCGAAGAUAAAAGUUCUCCUACGGCUGAAUCCUUGAGUUUGGCCUGUACCGCUUAUUUCGUACCUCCGAGACUUGGCGUACAAGGCAUCGCGACACGCUUUAAGCCGCCGCUGCUUCUAGAGAUGUUGUUCAUUAAUAUGAUCGGGGUAGGGGUAAUCUUUCUGAAAUGGUGCCGACCGACCACACCCCCCGUUUCAACACUGACCCUAAUGAUACUCUUACUGAAUGCGCUCGGGUGGACAGCGAAACCAUGAGCUCCAUAGGAAGAGGUAUAGAUAUAGAGAAAACCAUGUCGAAACUGU